AGGUGAGAAGGAUGGCGGCGUCGGUGGGGUCCGCGCCCGCCCGGGCGGUCAACAUCAUUCAUGGGGUGACGGUGAAGUGUACAGGCAUGGCUGCACUGCGUCUGGUGUGUGCCAUCUCCAAGGCUGCAAGGCCCCUCCCUGGAUUCCUCGUCAGACCUCUAAGCCUGUCGGCAACAGCACACUCCUACAAAUAUGUGAACGCCCUUGAUGAGAACAUGGACUUGAAGGCUGUGACUGACAGGGCAGCACAGACGCUGAUGUGGACAGAGCUGUUCCGAGGGCUGGCCAUGACCCUAAGCUACCUGUUCCGCGAACCGGCCACCAUCAACUACCCGUUUGAGAAGGGCCCCCUGAGCCCACGCUUCCGAGGGGAACACGCGCUUCGACGAUACCCGUCUGGCGAGGAGCGGUGCAUCGCGUGCAAGCUCUGUGAGGCCGUGUGCCCCGCGCAGGCGAUCACCAUUGAGGCGGAGGCACGCGCGGAUGGGAGCCGCCGAACUACUCGUUAUGACAUCGACAUGACCAAGUGUAUCUAUUGCGGCUUCUGCCAAGAGGCGUGCCCCGUCGACGCCAUUGUGGAGGGCCCCAACUUCGAAUACUCGACGGAGACGCACGAGGAGCUCCUGUACAACAAGGAGAAGCUGCUGAACAACGGCGACAAAUGGGAAGCGGAGAUCGCAAGCAACUUGCAGGCGGACUUCCUCUACCGCUGACGCGACGAUGAAGCCGUGCGCGACGGCAACGCAGCACGCGAUGCAUGACGACACGACACAAUUCACCGCUGAGCACGGCAAAGCCAGGUUAGCAGAGGUCACGGCGCUCGUGCCGACAAUCAGAAGGUGGCGAGGUCGUUCUGGUCAGGGGGGGAGCAACGCUGCUUCCCUGUUCUCAUUGCGCGAACUAAGGGGGGGGGGGAGGCUUGUCAAUUGGUCACGAACACGGCAAUGUGUCAUUUACAUCAUCGGUCAUGGCCGCCGACAACCCGAUUGAGGGGUGACCCAGAGCGCAUUUGAUCGGUAAGAGGUUUUAAAAUUGGAGUUUUAUGCAAAUACAAUAAGACACCUAUCUGCAUUGCCUUCCUGAUGACCUGUCGGGGUGGCUACAUAAAGUUAAUUUACUCGGCGAUAGACACGUACGCACAUCGCACACGGCACGGCACAGUUGACACGGCACGUAACUUGGAGAUGGACUCAAUAUAUCAACACCGCAUGACACAGGUUGCUUGUGUUUGAGGUGAUGAGAUUACCGAAAGCUUGUUCGAACGCAAUUAUUAUUUACAACUGAAAUGUACAGUGAUGAUGAAUAUGUCGGAGUGAUAAUGUUGCUUUCGCAUUGUCAACCGUACUAGGAUGAACAUGCAGCCUUUGUUCACUGAACCCUCA